AUGGACGAAGAAGAAUUUUAUGAAAAUCUAAAGAAUUUUCAUGGUCCUGAGAAGUAUUUCGAAUUGACCCAGACGAACCCGUUUCCCACCAAAGUUAACCUUUUCCGCUUCUAUCAAUCCAUUAGACGUUCCGGAGACUCAAUUGAAUCAGCAAUAACAACACGUUGGCAUGAUAUUUGCUCCGAGAUCGGUGUAACAAACCCAUCGGACACCGUAACACCAGAAGAGGCCCAUAAAGCCUCAAGUUACUUCUGUGAUCUCUUCCUAGACUUCCAUUAUCCAAACCACUCUUCAACCCAUGUCAAAGAAAUCAAUGAAAAAAACAAACCGACAACUCCAUCCGAAUAUAUUAAUAAAAAUAGUGAUAGUAAUGAUGGAAUAAAAUAUCAAAAAGUUGAUUGGACGGUUGAACAUUCAGUAAACCAAUACAGAGGCUCAAAAUUAAUACCCACCAACACUAGCAACGCCACUAAUGCCGCAAAUACUAUCCAUAACACAAUCCAAAAUGUGUUUUCAGAUAAGAAUAAUAGUGAUGAGAUGAGUAGUGUAAUUGAUGACGAUUGGAAAUUACCAUUCUAUCAAAAUGUGCCAUCGGCAUAUAAAAUGAGAUCGAAAAUGGAUCCCACAACUAAAUUACUGGAAGAAUCUGAAUAUAGUGAAAGUGAAGAAGACGAGGAGCUCUUGUACGAUAUAAUAUAUGAGAUCUCAAAGUAUAUAAUCGGGAGAAUAGAACUCGAGUAUAGUCUUAAGAUACUCUUGAAGACUCUAAUUAUAAGUAAUUUGCCAGACAUUCCAAACCUCAUUAGUACUCUGUCCUUAAUCAACUACCAGUACCUUAACCAACUGACCAAAUCACAUCAACCACAAGAAACCAGACCAACCAGAAGAAUUGUGAUUCUAGUAAAUAAUAUCCUAAUAUUAAUUGUGAGAAAUUCGUUUAUCAACUACGAAAACUCGUCAGCUGGUGACACUCUUGAUAGUGCAAUAGAUGACAAACUGACACUAUACGACCAAGCCACAGUCGCCCUAAAGUCACUUCAACACUCUACUAUUAUUCUUUUCAAACUACUAUCGACCGGAAAUAAUUUAGGGUUUAAUCAUGUGGAUAGUGGAUUGGUGAAUGAUAACUUUAAGUUGUCAGAUACCCUUAACAACAUAUUACUACUCAUAAAAUACCUAAUUGUCAUCUCAACUUCCCAAUGGCAAUUUGAUUUACUACAUCUCUUCAUUAAUCAAGUCUUAUCAUCUUUAAUCAGUGCCACAAAUACUAAGGAUCCAGUGGAUAGUGAGGGAGCUAAUACUAGGGAUAAUAGGGAUAAUAGGGAUGGUAUUGGUGCUACUGAAGAUCUGGUAAAUGAGUGUGUAUUAGAAAGUUUGGAAGUGUUUUUUAAAGGAUGUAAUGAGAUGUGUAAGAAGUUGAAGAGCCAAUUUUCUUUUAAGACUGUUUUGGAUUUGUACACUUUGUCAGUUAGGAUCCUGAAGUGCGAAGGCGUUGGCAACUCUCUAAAGAGGGAAAUUUUCGAACUUUUACUUACAUUCCACACCUACUUCCACUUCUCAAAUCGUCACAUGCAUGAUAAUAUGCGAUUCAUUCUGAAACUCUUCAUACACACUCUAAUCAACUCCACCCAUAAUACUAUUCCUAUUACUAAAGUCACUGAUACUACUGUACUUAACCAUCUUAAUACUGUAAAUACCAAUACUCUUGACAAUAAUGCAGUCGACGAUAAUACAGUUGAUGAAGUUAAUAAUAAUGUAGAGAAUGAUGUAAUAGAUUCAUCAUUGUAUAAUAAAGAGGAAAUAGAUAAGUUCAAUCCUAAUUUUAAGAGAAGAAAAAUAAGUAGUGAAGUAAAUCAUACCAAUACUACACCUACUACUAAGGAUACUACUAACACUAGUAAACACUUAAUUAACACUGUUGAAAUGGAAAAUGAUACUAAUGUUAAUAAUGCCACCAUGAGUAAUGAGGAAGUGGAAGAUGUAGAUAAUGAUGAUUUGGAUGACGGAGAAACACUGGACACUGUGUAUUGUAAUGAAAGUGUUGGAAAAGAACAACUAACAUUAGAAGACUCAAUUUCAUUUUUACAAUUUUAUUAUAAAACUGUUUUUGGCAUAUUCGCCAAUCAAUCUACAACAUCAACAACACAACAUACAAAUAAUACCAAAGAUAUUGAUUUGGAUGGAAAUAACGGCAGUGAAAUGAUGAAUGAAAUAAUAUGUAAAUGUAUAGAGAAGUUGUUGGAAUAUCCAUUCUGUGCAGAAAUCCUGGAGAAGAAUUACGAUAAAUUGCUAGAAUGCGCAUUUAAAGAGCGUUCAAAGCCUUUGUGGAGCUUAAUCCACAACUUAAUGUCCAAAUGUAGUCACUUCAAACUCAACUGCAGCGAGACCAACUAUUACAUUACACAUUUUAAACAAAUUCUCUAA